AUGGCCUCAGGGAUAUUAGACCUCACCAAAUGUGGUGACAGGGUCAUAGAAAGACUAAAACACAUCCAGACGGCUCUUAUGGAGCACGAUAAACCCGAUGAAGUAAGUCUUCCACCUGUGGUAGAGGAAAUGUUAGAUGCGUUCAUGGCAUCUCAUGCUGAGGUUUUGAGGCCAGUCGAGUUCCCUAAAUGUGAUAUGGAUGAGGAGCUUGAGGAUGUAGCGUUCACAGCUUACGAGUUGCUGGAGGGCUUGGCUGAACAAGUAAGCCAGUCAUCCCGUGAACGUAAAGAGAGGAUGGGUGCAACGACAACUGACUUGCAGAGCGGAGGCAGUCAGAUUAUGCCAAAUCGCAGCCGGCCGUGGCCGGCUGAUGACAAUGGAGAUGACAACGCUCUCCAUGGUGGUGUGGUGUUAGAUGGUAGAGAUACGUCCUGUGAUGGGUGCACAGAAAGUGAGCAAGGCCUUAAACGACAUGCCUUGUGA